GGCGAUGCUAUUGUAUGCUGGAGAGCAUGUGUCCUAUGGCGAGGUAACCGUGCUAUUAAGACCCUGUGCGUCACCUUUCUAAUGACAACUUUUGGCAAGUACAUCUACCGCUCAUUUCAGGAGAUUCCGCUUAUUCUGAGCUGUAAUAUUAGGGCUGGGUAUGGUGGACACCGGUUUUCAUACGGUGUGGCGGCCACCGUGCUAACCUUCGCUACGAACCUACUCGCAACUGUACUUGUGGGGUAUAAGGCAUGGAAAGCCAAAAGCGAUCUUCGGAAAUAUAUCGUUGUCGGGCCCAUCGCAUCGCAAAUAGAGAAGAUCUUCGCCCUCCUUCUAGAAUCUGGAGCUGCGUACUGCACCCUGUGGGUGAGUCAAUUCUCUUCCUGA